CCUCGUGACCGUUUCGCAUGUGCUAACGUACUUGUUGUUCGUAGUUCUCUUCAUACUACAAGUUUGGCGACACAUCAGCAAAUGUUCAUUCCAGCCUGGUUUCAGAGAGGCUGGUAAAGAAACAAGAUGUUGUGAAUUAGAUCUCUGUCCUCUGUCCUAAAAGAACUUUGUCUAGCAGCGAUGAUAGAUGUGUCGAACUCGAGGUCUCGUCAAAACAACUUAAAACGAAUAACGAAUAGGACGAAUAAACGUCAACACGUUCUUGUGAGAGACCUUUCCAGUGUCAUAUUAAACGGCAUAUGAGGAUCCACACUGGUGAAAAACCAUAUCAGUGUGAGGUGUGCAGAAAGUGUUUUCAACAUAUCUUGACACACACUAUUGAAAAAACUUAUCAGUGUGAGGUGUGCGGAAAGUGUUUUCAACAUAUCUUGACACACACUAUUGAAAAACCUUAUCAGUGUGAGGUGUGCAGAAAGUGUUUUCAACAUAUCUUGACACACACUAUUGAAAAACCUUAUCAGUGUGAGGUGCGUAGAAAGUGUUUUCAACAUAUCUUGACACACUUGAAAAACCAUAUCAGUGUGAGGUGUGUAGAAAGUGUUUUCAACAUAUCUUGACACAUUUGAAAAACCAUAUCAGUGUGAGGUGUGCAGAAAGUGUUUUUUCGUUAGAAGAGAUACCUGAAGCAGCAUGUUAAUUCACACUUAAUUUCAAAUGUGUGUGUGUGAAAAAUAGGGGAUUUUUUUUUAGACAGUUCCCUCGUGAAAGGACAUAUGCUCAAACAGAAAUAUCAUUUGAACAUUCACAUUGGGGUUUAAAAUUUUUAAAUGUGAUGUAUAUGUGAAGCGUUUUUCUCUCUAUCGGUACUUGAAACAACACAUGUUGGUUCACACUGGUGUUAUGGCUUUCAAAUGUGAGGUGUGUGCAAAAUGUUUCUCACGAAAUACCCACUUGAAACAACACAUGUUGGUUCACACUGGUGUUAAGAAUUUGAAAUGUGAGGUGUGUGCAAAAUGUUUCUCAAGCAAUAGCAAAUUGAAAAGACAUAUGCUGGUUCACACUGGUGAUAGAAAUUUUAAAUGUGAGGUGUGUGCAAAAUAUUUGUCAAGCAAUAGCAUCUUGAAUCAACAUAUGAACAUUCACACUUGUAUUAAGAAUUUCAAAUGUGAUGUAUGUGCAAAAUGUUUCUCACAAAAUACUGACUUGAAACGACAUAUGCACAUUCAUACAGGUGUUAAGCCUUUCAAAUGUGAGGUAUGUGCAAAAUAUUUCGCACUAAAUAUGGAACUAAAACGACAUAUGUUGGUUCACAGUGGUGUUAAUAAUUUCAAAUGUGAGGUAUGUGGAAAACGUUUUUCUCAAAAUCUGCACUUAAAACAACAUAUGUUGGUUCACACUGGCGUUCUGCCUUUCAAAUGUGAGGUUUGUGCAAAAUGUUUCUCGAGCAACACCGACUUGAAACGACAUAUGUUUGUCCACACUGGUAUUAAGAAUUUCAGAUGCGAAAUAUGUGAAAAAUAUUUCUCAAUCUAUGGUAACUUGAAACGACAUAUGUUGGUUCACUCUGGUGUUAGUAAUGUUAAAUGCGAGGUAUGUGGAAAAUGUAUGUCAAGCAAUGGCAACUUGAAACGACAUAUGAACAUUCACACUGGUGUUAAGAAUUUCAAAUGUGAGGUAUGUGCAAAAUGUUUCUCACAAAAUACUGACUUGAAACGACAUAUGAACAUUCAUACAGGUGUUAUGCGUGAGGUAUGUGCAAAACGUUUUUCUCAAAAUCGGCACUUGAAACAACAUAUGUUCGUUCACACUGGUCUUAUGCCUUUCAAAUGUGAGGUUUGUGCAGAAUAUUUCUCAAGCAAUACUGAUCUGAAACGACAUCAGUUGGUUCACACUGGUGUUAAGAAUUUCAGUUGCGAAAUAUGUGAAAAAUAUUUCUCAAUCAAUAGCAACUUGAAACGACAUAUGAAGAUUCACACAUGAACAUUCACACUGGUGUUAUGCCUUCCCAAUGUGAGGUAUGUGCAAAAUGUUUCUCACACAAUAUCGACCUGAAACAACAUAUUUUGGUUCACACUAUUGUUCAGAGUUAAAUUUGAGGUCAGGGCUUCUAGAUUAUGGUAGCCCCACUCACAUGGCUAGUGAUAUUCAAUGUUAGGCUGGUAAAUAACUACUAUUACCAUGCCCGACGACUAGUGAAAAACAAAAUUGUCAAA